GGGGCGUGGCUGUGGACGCUGCACUUCCGAAUUUGCCACGACACUACUGAUUGUAGACACUGCCUUGGUUUCCACGGUGGAAGCAAAACGGGAUAUAAAUCCGGAUUAGGAAUAGCCCGCGACAGAUGAUUUACGAUGAGGGGAAAAAAUCUCCAGGCAGACAUCGAGACCACUCUGUUCUCCAAGGGUUAAAUGAGCGAAGUUCCGCUUCUGAGAGAGGCCGGAAAUGGUAGCGGCAAAGGAAGAGCUGCGGCGAAGGCGUUUCCCUUUCGUCGAGAAGACGGGAAAUCGGGCUCGCGAUAGGCUUUGGCCGGAGGCUGGUGCGUCGGCUCGUGAUGACAGGAGGAAAAGAUACAAGGAAACAACUAAGACACUAGAGAGCCAUUUGUGAUGUCAUCAGAAAGGAGUAAGCAUGAAAUGGAAAGAGAGAUCUUUCAAAGUCACAGUAGACCAAAGAGGCACAAGAGAAGCCCAUCAAGGAAUGGAAUGAAGGAAUGCUGUAGUUCUCAGGGUGCCAAAAUUUAUGAACUCCUAAACGCAGGAGAUCCUGGCGGCAAAAGAUGGAAAAAGUGCCUAGGGUAUGUGAAAAUAUUCACAGACAAAUCAGUAUUAAAUAGGUAUUGUGGAACCCACACAGGGGAGGAAUCUUAUAAAUGCAUGGAGUGUGGAAAGAGCUUCAGUGAUAAUGGAAAAUUUAAAAUACAUCAAAGAAUGCACACAGGGGAGAAGCCAUAUAAAUGUACAGAAUGUGGAAAGAGCUUCCGUUGGAUUUCAUAUCUCACUUCACACCAAAGAACCCACACAGGGGAGAAAUCUUACAAAUGCAUGGAGUGUGGAAAGAGCUUCAUCCAGCGUAGAAAUCUUAAUGAACAUCAGAGAACCCACACAGGGGAGAAACCAUAUGAAUGCUUGGUUUGUGGAAAGCGUUUUAAUCAGCAUGGCACCCUUACUGUACAUGAAAAAAUCCACAGAGGGGAGAAACCAUAUAAAUGCCUGGUGUGUGGAAAGAGCUUCAUCCAGCGUGGAAAUCUUAAUAUACAUCAGAGAACCCACACAGGGGAGAAACCUCAUCAAUGCAUGAAAUGUGGAAAGAGCUUUAGACACAGUGGAACCCUUGCUCUACAUCAAAGAACCCACACAGGGGAGAAGCCAUAUAAAUGCUUUGUGUGUGGAAAGAGCUUUAGUCACAGGAAAUCUUUUCAUUUACAUCAAAGAACCCAUACAGGGGAGAAGCCUUAUAAAUGCACAGAAUGUGGAAAGAGCUUCUGUCGGAGUUCAUAUCUCACUUUACACCAAAGAACCCACACAGGGGAGAAACCAUAUAAAUGCCUGGUGUGUGGAAAGAACUUCAAUCAGAGUGCAAAUUUUCGAACACAUCAAAGAAUCCACACAGGAGAGAAGCCUUAUAAAUGCAUGGUGUGUGGAAAGAAUUUUAAAACAAGCAAUCUUGCCUCACAUCAAAGAACCCACACCAGUGAGAAACCAUAUGAAUGCUUGGUUUGUGGAAAGUGUUUUAGUCGGCAUGACACCCUUACUAUACAUCAAAGAACCCACACAGGGGAGAAACCAUAUAAAUGCUUGGUGUGUGGAAAGAGCUUCAGUCAGAAGGGACAUCUUAAUGUACAUCAAAGAACCCAUACAGGGGAGAAGCCUUAUAAAUGCAUGGCAUGUGGAAAGACUUUUAGAACAAGCAACCAUCUUGCCUCACAUCAAAGAACCCACACAGGUGAGAAACCAUAUAAGUGUAUGGAAUGUGGAAAGGUGUUUGGCAGUAGUGGAACCCUUUACAUACAUCAAAGAAUCCACACAGGGCAGAAGCCAUAUAAAUGCAUGGAGUGUGGUAAAAGCUUUAGACGGAGUGGUCACCUCACUAUACACCAAACAACCCACACAGGGGAGAAACCAUAUAAAUGCUUGGUAUGUGGAAAGAGCUUCAGCCAUGGAGGACACUUUAGAACACAUCAAAGAACACAUACAGAGGAGAACCCAUAUAAAUGCAUGGAGUGUGGAAAGAGCUUCAGUAACAGCAGAGCAAUGACUGUUCAUGAAAGAGCCCACAGAGGUGAGAAGCCAUAUAAAUGCUUGGAUUGCGGUAAGAGCUUCAGGCGGAGUGGAUCCCUUUCUUCACAUAAAAGAACCCAUACAGGGGAGAAACCUUUUAAAUGCAUAGAGUGUGGAAAGAGCUUCAGUCAGAGUUGGACUCUCGGUGUACAUAAAAGAGUCCACACGGGUGAGAAACCAUAUGAAUGCAUGAAGUGUGGAAAGGCAUUCAGAGAUAGCAGCAGUGCUGCUAAACAUGAAAGAAGUCACAUGCAUGAGAAACCAUAUAAAUGCAUGGAAUGUGGAAAGACCUUUAGCACUGGUACCAACCUUACUGCACAUCAUAAAACCCACUCUGGCAGAAAAGAAAACGCUAGGGAGCCAUUUCUGAUGUCUUUGGAAAUAACUAAACAUGAAGUGGAAAAAGAGACAUUUCAAAAUCAAAGGGGAACAAAAAGGCACAAGAAAAGCCAAUCAAGGAAUGGGAGAAAGAAAUCCUCUAUUUCUCAGGGUGCUGUCAUUACAGAACACCUAAAUGUAGAAGAUCACAAAGGAAAGAGACAGAAUGGUGAAAUAUUCAAAGACAAAUUUGUAUUGAAUGUACGUUGCAGAACCCGUACAGCGCAGAAUCCACAUAAAUGCAUGGAAUGUGGAAAGAGCUUCACUGAGAGGGGAAAUCUAACUAAACAUCAAAGAACCCACACAGGAGAGAAACCAUAUCGAUGCACAGAGUGUGGAAAGAGCUUUACUCGGAAUGAACAUCUUAAAACACAUCAAAGAACGCACACAGGGGAGAAGCCUUAUGAAUGCAUGGAAUGUGGUAAGAGUUUCAGUCGGCAUCACCAUCUUACUUCACAUGAAAAUACCCACACAGGAAAGAAACCAUAUAAAUGCACAGAAUGUGGAAAGAGCUUCAAUCAGAGUGGGACUCUUUCUGUGCAUCGCAGAACCCACACUGGAGAGAAACCAUAUAAAUGUAUGGAGUGUGGAAACAGCUUCAGACAGAGUUCAUCCCUCACUUUACACCAAAGAACUCACACAGGUCAGAAGCCAUAUAAAUGCAUGGAGUGUGGAAAGAGCUUCCAUCAAAGUGGAAACCUUAAUAUGCAUCAAAGAAUCCACACAGGAGAGAAGCCAUAUAAAUGUAUGGAAUGUGGAAAGAGCUUCCGUCUUAGUGGAUUCCUUGCUUUACAUCAAAGAAUGCACAGAGGGGAAAAGCCAUAUAAAUGCAUAGAGUGUGGAAAGAGCUUCAUUGACAGUGGAAGUCUGACUAGACAUCAAAGAACCCACACAGGGGAGAAGCCAUAUAAAUGCAUGAAAUGUGGAAAGAGCUUUAGUGAGGGCGGUAAACUUAUCACACAUGAAAGAACCCAUACAGGGGUGAAACCAUAUAAAUGCAUGGAGUGUGGUAAAAACUUCAGUCAGAGUGGAAACCUUAGACAGCAUCAAAGAAUUCACACAGGGGAGAAGCCAUAUAAAUGCUUGAAAUGUGGAAAGAGCUUCAGUGAAAGCAGUAAACUCACCACACAUGAAAGAACCCACACAGGAGAGAAGCCAUAUGAAUGUAUGGAAUGUGGAAAAAGUUUCAUUGAUGGAGGAAGUCUAGCUAAACAUCAGAGAAUACACACAGGGGUGAAACCAUAUAAAUGUCUGGACUGUGGAAAAAACUUCACCCACAGUGGAAACCUUAAACAACAUCAAAGAAGCCACACAGGGGAGAAACCAUAUAAAUGCAUGGAGUGUGGAAAAAGCUUCAGUCAGAGUGAAAACCUUAAACAGCAUCAAAGAACCCACACAGGGGAGAAACCAUAUAAAUGUAUGGAAUGUGGAAAGAGCUUCAGUCAGCAUCAUCACCUUAGUUCACAUGUAAAAACCCACACAAGGGAAAAGCCAUAUAAAUGUAUGGAAUGUGGAAAGAACUUCAGUGAGAGCAGUAAACUCAUCCCACAUCAAAGAACCCACUGUGGGACACGAUCACAUAAAUGUGAGGAGGGUCAAUAGUACUACUUUAAUAUUUAGUAAAGAUUGUGCUCUCAAAUUACUCCAUAAAUGUAUGGAGUGUGGAAGGAACAAUAUUCUUAAUUUACAUGAAAGAAGUGAUAUGGGAGAAAAAUCAUUGAAAUUCAUACCCUGUGGAACAUAAGAACAUAAGAAGAGCCUGCUGGAUCAGGCCAGUGGCCCAUCUAGUCCAGCAUCCUGUUCUCACAGUGGCCAACCAGGUGCCUGGGGGAAACCCGCAAGCAGGACCUGAGUGCAAGAACACUCUCCCCUCCUGAGGCUUCCGGCAACCGGUUUUCAGAAGCAUGCUGCCUCUGACUAGGGUGGCAGAGCACAGCCAUCAUGGCUAGUAGCCAUUGAUAGCCCUGUCCUCCAUGAAUUUGUCUAAUCUUCUUUUAAAGCCAUCCAAGCUGGUGGCCAUUACUGCAUCUUGUGGGAGCAAAUUCCAUAGUUUAACUAUGCGCGGAGUAAAGAAGUACUUCCUUUUGUCUGUCCUGAAUCUUCCAACAUUCAGCUUCUUUGAAUGUCCACGAGUUCUAGUAUUAUGAGAGAGGGAGAACUUUUCUCUAUCCACUUUCUCAAUGCCAUGCAUAAUUUUAUACACUUCUAUCAUGUCUCCUCUGACCCGCCUUUUCUCUAAACUAAAAAGCCCCAAAUGCUGCAACCUUUCCUUGUAAGGGAGUCGCUCCAUCCCCUUGAUCAUUCUGGUUGCCCUCUUCUGAACCUUUUCCAACUCUAUAAUAUCCUUUCUGAGAUGAGGCGACCAGAACUGUACACAGUAUUCCAAAUGCGACCGCACCAUAGAUUUAUACAACGGCAUUAUGAUAUCGGCUGUUUUAUUUUCAAUACCUUUCCUAAUUAUUGCUAGCAUGGAAUUUGCCUUUUUCACAGCUGCUGCACACUGGGUCGACAUUUUCAUCGUGCUGUCCACCACAACCCCGAGGUCUCUCUCCUGGUCGGUCACCGCCAGUUCAGACCCCAUGAGCGUAUAUGUGAAAUUCAGAUUUUUUGCUCCAAUAUGCAUAAUUUUACACUUGUUUAUACUGAAUUGCAUUUGCCAUUUUUCCGCCCAUUCACUCAGUUUGGAGAGGUCUUUUUGGAGCUCUUCACAAUCCCUUUUUGUUUUAACAACCCUGAACAAUUUAGUGUCGUCAGCAAACUUGGCCACUUCACUGCUCACUCCUAA